AUGUCUCAACAAUUACCUCUCCAACCUGAACAAGAAUUACCAAAAGAUUAUAAAGAAAAUUUGAUUUUUGAUAAAAAUCAAGAUCUUAGUGAACAUGUAUUUAAAACUUGCUUGGACAAAAUUUGUAAAGAUGAUCCAAGAGAAAAAUCAAUCUUUUUAAUAAAACUUAAAGAAUUUUGUCAACUUAGAUGUGAUAUGAUGACUGAGAUAGAAUUUAAUUUGAAUUCUGUUCAUGACAGGAAUGAUUCAAAUUAUAAAAGAGCCAAGAAUUGUAAAGAAAAGAUUUUAUGUAGCCCUAAAUUUGAAGCACAACAAGAAUGUGAUUAUGUAAUAGAUGCAUAUUUUGAGCAUUUAUCCAAGCUUGAAUUAGGAGUUAAAGUGAGUAAAAUGGCUUCAACACGAAACUAUAAUACUGAAAAUAUAAUAUAUGAUGGUAUUGAAAUAACAGUUAGACAUAAAGAAUGCACUAAAUGUAAAAACCAAUUAAUAGAACCUAAGGAUUUUGAUUCAGAAUCUCUUUCACAAGAGUUUCAAGUUUCAUUACAUUCUUCAAACACAUAUUAUGAAACUGAUGCAGAUGAUUUUAUAGAACAAGACAAUUUCACUUAUAUAAUAAACCAGAAUGGUAUUGUUCUAAAUGACAAAUUAUAUUUUAGUGAUAGUGAACUUAGGAUAGAUGAUUCUUUAAGUUCCAAAUAUAAUUCUCUUUAA